UGCAGCCAGAGGGGCGGGACCAGAGGUGGGUGUGUGUCUCUCAGCUGAUGCGCGUAUCAACCGACCGACUCCAUCAUCAGCAUCCGACGCUGACAGCGGUCGAAGACAGCAUCCCUAAUAUUACCGACCCACGGUAACAUCGCAGAAUAAUUCAGAGCCCGGACCGACCUCGACUGACGCUGCUGUCUUGUGACAAUAUUGUUUAUUGAGGCUGCCAUCUUUCAAACCGCCCAGCUGCAAAAUAGUGAGUAGCCUUUGAUGAUGGACCGCCAGGAUGCUACAAUCGUGUGUGUGCCCCCACUACCUGCAUUAGGUUGUGAUGACCCACACUACUUCCAAAUGUAUCUGUGACCCUCCCCAAUCCUGACUCCUAACCUCUAAUCCCUGACCUUUGACCCCCACUAUGGGCAGUGUUGGCAGUGGGGUGGCAGGAGAGCAGGAGUUUGCCAUGAAGUCAGUGGGCACGAGGACCACCCUGCCCAGGGCCCCUCCUCUCUCUCGCCGUUGCCCUGCCGACCGCAGCUGCAGUGCAGAGCGGCUGCCACGCCCCCCGGCGACUAUAUCUGACGGGACGGCUUCUAGCGAUGAACGAGGGAGUGUUAGUAUCGGGACUGGGACCUGUACCGGAACUGACCGGCCCACCGAAACAGCCUCCUCCACCAACACUGAAUGUACCAUGACAGCCCCGUCCAACAACAACCAGUUGGAGUGUGGCAACGGAGCAGGCAGGCGGGAGAGGGAGUGGGAGAGGGAGCGGGAGAGGCAGCGAGAAAGGGGGAGAGACAGAGAUCGGGACCGAGACUGGGACCGAGAGAGGUUAGAGAGGGAGCGAGAGAGGGAGAGGAACCGGGAGAGGGAGCGAGAACGAGUGGAGAGGGAGAGGCUGGAGCGGGAGAGGGAGCGGGAGAGAGAGAGAGAGAGGGAGCGAGAGAGGGAAAGGGAAAGGGAGAGGGAAAGAGAGAGGCUGGAGAAUGAAAGGAUGGAAAGAGAGAGAGAGAGGGAAAUGCAGGCUGCAGGUUUGGAUGUUUGUGGGAACAUUGUGGGUCGAGGAGCAAAUGAGAAGAACGGCGUUGGCAUGAACCAACAUCAUCACCGAGAGAUGGCAGCUGCUAGAACUGACAACGAGAAGAAUCCAGGCAGCCAUAACCCACCAAACCACAACCCUCCCAAGAUCCUGCCAGUGUCGGGGAAACUGGAGCAGGCGAUGCAGAACAACUCAGGCCUCGUUCGUCCCUCUGCCUUCAAGCCGGUGGUUCCCAAGAGCUUCCACUCCAUGCAGAACCUGGUGGGCCAGGCAGGAGGGGCUGGGGGCGAGGGCAAGACUGAGGCAAGGAGUGAAGGGUUCAGUGAGAGCAGAGGAGGCAGGAGAGGCAGGGACGGAGCAGGAGGAGAAUCAGGAGAGGUCCCAGAGGCCCUGCUCCUGGACCAGGACAGCCCAGUGAGAGUCAGCAGAAGUGAGGGCGGGGGAAAUGGUAAUGAAGUGGUUCAGGGAGGGAUGUCUGACUCAGGGAGGAACUCCCUGACCAGCCUGCCUACCUAUACGGGCUCUGGGUCUGGUUGUGGGCCCCCAGCAGUCAUUGGGCCUCUCAGUGCUUCCACCAGCCACAUCAACAGGUUGGGCAUGGUUGGGGCAGCUGCUGGCCUGGACAAGCUUGAAAAGCCUGGAUACCAGAAUGGGCUCAGUGCCUCAGACAGUGGCCGGUCCUCCUCAGGAAAAAGCUCCUCGUCCUAUCAGAGGCUGAGCCACCUGAGUGACGCUCCAGCACCUCUACGCCCCUCCCCCUCAUCUGACGACAUCAUCCAGGACCUUGAGGACCGCUUGUGGGAGAAAGAGCAAGAGGUGCAGCAUAUGCGCAGAAACCUGGACCAAAGUGAGGCAGCAAUCAUUCAGGUGUUUGAGGAGAAGCAACGUGUCUGGGAGCGACAGAUGGACGAGCUGAGACAGAACUACGCCUCUCGCCUGCAGCAGGUUACCCGUCGUGCUCAGCGCUCCCAGACUGCCCUGCAGGCCCAGAUAAGCCGUCUGUCCCAGGACAAGAGGAGGCUCCAGGAGGAGAUGGCAGCUCUGUUGGCCCAGAGAGAGGAGCUGGAAAGAAAGUGUCUGGAUUACAGGAAGGAGCAGGCUGACAUCUUGCCUCGUCUGGAGGAGACCAAGUGGGAGGUGUGUCAGAAAGCAGGAGAGAUCUCCCUGCUGAAGCAGCAGCUGAGGGAGAGUCAAGCUGAAGUGACCCAGCGAGCUGGAGAGAUGGUGGCCCUGAGAGGUCAACUUAAGGAGCUUAAUGCCCAGUUGAGGGAGCGUGAAGAGGCCAUGCUCGGCCUGAAAGACUCCUAUAGCACCAAAAGUCUGGAGCUGGAGAAGUGUGAGGGAGAACUGAGGAGGACCCUGUCAGAGGUGUCCAUCCUCAGAGAGAAGCUGGGUGUAUUUGAGGCAGAGGUGCUUAGUUUAAAGCGGGCUCUAAAUGAAGCAAGCAGAGGAGCAGAAGUUGUUAUGAGCCCUAACUUAGCUGCUGCAGGGCUGUUGCCACCUUGGGGUGUUGUACACUGUCCACGUAACCCCACUGAGACCUCAGCUAACUCACUCACCCCCACAUCUGACACCCUGCUGAGUCUUCAGAGCGAUGAAGCUAAAGCCCAAAGGCAGGAAGCUCAAAGACAGGAGAGGCAGCAACGUGAAGAAGCUCAAUGGCGAGACGCACAGCAGCGUCAAGACGGCCACAUGCCACAGGACAUGCGAAUGCGUCAGGAUUCCCAAAUCCGACCAGAGGCGCAACUUCGUCAGGAAGCGCAUCACCGCCAUGAAGCCCAAAUCCGUCAAGAGGCCGCACUACGGCAAGAAGCACAGCUGCGUCAAGAGGUGCAGCUCCGGCAGGAGGCCCAAUUGCGCCAGGAGGCCCAUCUCCGCCAGGAGGCUCAGCUCUGCCAUGAGGCCCAAAUGCGCCAAGAGGCCCAAUUACGCCACGAGGCCCAACUCUGCCAGGAAGUGCAACUUCGCCAGGACGCCCACCAACCCCAGCGAGCCCAGGAGGGUCACUGGGAUGAAGCAGGCGAGCUGCGCAGACAGCUAGAGCAGCUACAGGCCGCAUUGCGCCUGGAGAGGCAGCAAAGGGAACGCCAGGCCCUCAACUUUGACCAGGAGCGACACACCUGGCAGGACGAGAAGGAACGGGUUUUGAAAUACCAGGCACAGCUGCAGCUCAGCUAUGUAGAAACGCUGCAGAAGAACCAAGCUCUGGAAAAACGCAUGAGCCAGUUGGGAGCCAAACCAACCACAACGUCCACCACCACCACUAUUACCACUACCACCACCACCUCCCCCACUUCCUCAAAUUCUCCACCUCCACCACCACCACCAGCCCUCUCACCUCUGUCUCCUCAGCCCCUGCCCUCUAUCUCUGGCCCCAUCGCCCUCACCAUCUCCCCACCUUGUGAAGACCAGAAGGGCCCUCCUUCUCUCCACCAGCUUGCCCCUCCCUGGGCAGGACCCUCACGUCUGGAGAGGAUAGAGUCCACUGAGAUAUAGAGACAGCUCCAUGAAACUAUUUGUCCAGUGCAACACACUCACAGUGUCAAGGCCUCCCACACAAAACUACUUCAGCAUAGAGUAAAACAUUUCAGUCUACAAUAGAAUAAACCAGUACAGUCUGACAUACUUUUCAAAGCAACUAUAGACACUAAACAGCGACAAAGGCCAAGUGCAAAAUACAUCAUCAGUAACAAGCAGAUAAUCUGAACAGGAAGUUGAACUACAUUCGGGUUAUCAAGUAUUUUUCAACCUCGCAAGCAGCCUGUCUCUAACUAGUUGCACACUACUACACCCUACAUAAUCAGUGUUCAUGAAAAGUAUCCCACACUGAUGGAUUGCAGAAAAACUAAAUUUUAAAUGACAAUGUUUAGAUUACAGCACUAAUAGAGGGGUUAUGUCAUUCCCAUGCUAGAAAAGGACCAAGACAAUCAGGGAUAUUGUCAGAAAUUAUGAACAAGAAUAUUAUGCGGUAUUUAUUCAUUGUAAGUCUGUGUCACUGGUUAUGUAAAAGUAGAAUUAGUGGUCAGAGUGUGUGAUGUUAUCUUGCAUUUUUGGCCAGAGAGCGCCUUACUCCAUUCUUUCCAGCAUGUAUAAGAGAAUAACUAAUGCUGGGAAUAGAUGAAAAAAAAAAUCAUUAUUACACUCAGCUGGACCAUUUCAUUUAAAUCCCAGCAGAUAUUGACGUUAAAGGUCACACAGACUGAUUGUUGAUUCAGUUUUCAAGUCAUUUCAUGCACAGGAUCCAACAUGCAUGAGCCAUUUAAAUAUAUCAUGAAGACCAACAGAGUUUAUAUUUUCUACAAAUUGAAUUAAAUAGAUAUGUUUAGCAGAUAAUCAACCCCAACUGAGUAUAUGUUUUAAGACAUGGGAGAACCUGGUUCGCCUUCACUGCAGCUUGUCUGUGGUGACUAAAAACAAACACUAGAGGUCAUUAGAGAGCUUUCACAACUCAAAUUUCUUCUCAUUGAGCUGCAAAGGAGAAUGUGAAAGGAAGCACACAAUUUGAAUUUAGCUAUUAUGAUAAUUGUGUCAUUCACUUUGUGCAUUUACAGCCAAGAAAUCUGAGAAAUCAGUCAGUAUCCCCAAAGUUAAAACAAAAUUUAUAGAAUGUAUGAUAUACUAGAAAGAAAUACUUAUAAUAGUUAUAGAUUGUAAAUGUGUGUUUGAGUGUGCGAGAGUGAGAGAGAGUGGGUGUGUGCAUGUGUGUAUACAUAUGAAAAGCUUCAGCUUAUGAGAUUGAGGAUGGAGGGACUAGUGGCAAUACAGCAAGUGAAGAUAUAUUAAGAGCAAAGGAUUUUUUUUUUUUUGGAGGGGGGCUUUAAGUACAGUAAGAUGUACAUCAAAGCUUGACAUAAGGGCAGUGAGACUGAAAAUUCAAGCUGAGGGAGUCUGUAUAUCCUAGAAAACUCUACUUUCUUCUGUAUAGACAAAGCAAGGGAGAAGGAAGUAAAAAAAAAAAAAAUCAGAAAAGUGGAGUCUGCCUCUUUAAAGGGAGCAUUCAGGCUAACUGCACUAUGUAGUGUCCUACACACAAGUUAUGAUGUACAGUAGACUCAGAUGUGAAUAUCAUGGCUUUUAUAUGUGUUGUUUAUGCCAGCAUACAAAGAUGUUGCUCAAGAAUAUUAACUUAUCUCUAAGGUAUUACAUAGUAUUAUCAUCUUUAUUACUGUUAUUAUAUUAUGGUGAACUGACAGAGAAAAUAUGUGCCAUUUGAGCUUUUCUUUAUGUGUUUUAUUUUUUUUUUUAACUGUGUAGAUAGCCUAUCGGCCUACCAUAAUGGUGCAAUCAUAGCAACCCUGUCCAAAAAAUGAUGUUCCUUUUGAUGUAGGUGAUAAAUGUAGUUACAGUAUUGCAUUGUUUAGAGAACAAAAUGCUACCAAUUUUAUACAUGUUUCAAAUUUAUUGUUUGCAUUUAUGUUAUUAGUACUGUUCUGGCUUGAUUAAAAACCACCCCUUUGUUAAAAUUCAACAGAACCAAUAAAGAUAUGUGAAUAA